UCAUCCGCCAUAACGAUUGUGAAUUUGUGAAAGUGAGCUUUGUUUGAUUGCACGGAAUAACGAAGAUUUCGUGUGUUUUUAAUUAAAAGUGAGUUAUAUGUGUGUUUAAACAUGAGUGAUUGGUAUAGAAUGAAGACUGGGUUUAAACAUAACUCUUCUGAGUUGUCAGUGGAAACAUCUGGUGAAAUGUCAGACUCAAUGUUUUCGGACAAUCUAAGCCCGAUACCGGCGGCUUCUAUAGUGCCCAGGAAGUUGGAUUUUAGAGACUUCGACGAUGAAGAAUUUCGGAUUAAGGAUGCUUCUCCAGCACCAGCAUCUUUGAGUCCACCUUACAAGCGGGUUCGAGCGUUAAAAUUAUUCGAUAGUCCACACACGCCGAAAACCCUUCUAGAAAAAUGCUCAACACCAUCCCACCAUGUGUCGCGAUGUAGACUCUUUCCACCAAAACUUGAAGUUCCAUCGGGCAUGCCGUCAGGAUCCAGCCACCACUUGCACCCACCAUCGGACGAGGACAGUGCACUGGGCAGUCUGCCACCGGACGAGAUAGAGGACAGCAGAACGACCAGGCCGCUGGCUAACAUCAACCCUUUUACGCCUGUUGGCCAAGCGUUGAAUAAGAAGAAACGUGCAUUGUCUAAAACACCAACGUGGGGUGACGCCACCCCCGAACAACCGGCGAAAAGAUUGAGGGAAUCGAACAUAUCCCGCUACAACGUGGAGUUCGUCGAGCUCGGGCUGAUCGGGCGCGGGCAGUUCGGGCGCGUCGCGCGCUGCGUGAACAAGCUGGACGGCUGCGUGUACGCGCUGAAGCGCUCGCUGCGGCCCGUCGCCGGCUCGGCGGCCGAGCGCGCCGCGCUCACCGAGGUGUACGCGCACGCGGCGCUCGGGAAGCACCCGCACGUCGUUAGAUACUACUCAGCGUGGGCGGAGGACGAUCACAUGAUAAUACAGAACGAGUACUGCGACGGCGGCUCGCUGCAGCAGGUGAUCGAGGGCGGAGCCCUGCCGGAGAGCGAGCUGCUUCUGCUGUUGGCGCACAUCAGCGAUGGGCUGGCCUACAUCCACUCCCUCCAACUGGUGCACAUGGACGUGAAGCCGGGGAACAUUUUCAUAUGUCGCGAGGAGGUUGCCUCGCAUACGGAGUCUGAUGAUGGCUAUGAUGAUGAUGACCAUCCGAUUGUGCCGAAGCAUAAGUAUAAGAUUGGUGACCUGGGCCACGUGACCUGCGUGUCCUCCCCCUCCGUGGAGGAGGGCGACUGCCGCUACCUGCCCCGGGAGGUGCUGCAGGAGGACUUCACGCAUCUAACUAAGGCCGAUAUAUUUGCCUUUGGGCUGACGCUGUUCGAGGCGGGCGGCGGCGGGCCGCUGCCGAAGAACGGGCCGCGGUGGCACGCGGCGCGCGACGGCCGCCUGCCCGACCUGCCGCACCUGUCGCGGGAGUUCAACCAGCUCUUGAAGAAAAUGGUCGACCCCGACCCGACGCAGCGUCCCUCGGCAGCGAGACUGCGAAGACACCCGUUACUACACCCGACUGGGAACAAGAGUAAAGCGCAACUGAGAAGGGAACUGGCGGCUGCCGAACUGAAGAAUCAGAUGUUGCACAACAAACUCAAGAUGGCCGCCAGAUGCCUCCAGUCCCUAACGCCCAACUCGCUAGCGAAUCAGGAAUCGGCGAAAUUCAAAACGCGAGCCGCAAAAAGGCUGCAACAUCGGCGCUUCGAUACGAACAUCGACGAGAUGCUCCGUUCCGUGACCGCGCCCAUACAUACAGACAGACGGACGGACAGGCGGGGUAAAAAGAAUUAGCAUAUAAUAUAUAUAACAUAUAUGUUUAUGUAUAAGAUAUAUUAUACAAGCGUGGCCCGAAUUUGAUACGAAAUAUAUUUGAUGUACGAUAAACAAUUGGAUCUGUAUUGGCUCGUAAAUUGUCCGAUGUAAAACUCUACCUGCGCGUGCGCGCUUGGCAGAGUUUUGUAACGAGCGAUACAAUAGACUUUGAACGUUACUGCCACGGCAUAAGGUGUUAAUUACAAUGGAAUAUUUUACGUUUCACUUCUACAACGGAUAAUGUUUACGACCUUUUUUGUGCGAGUCCAAUUGUUUAUAUUGAGUCAAUUAUUAUGAUUGGUAAUGAUGAUGAUGAUGAUGAUGAUGAGAUGAUUUAGACAGUGAUUGGUGAUGAUUGAAAUGUGAGCAAGCCGGCUUUGAGAAUUUUCAACUUUUGUGAAAUGUAUGGGUUAAUGGGUGUAUUCUUAGAUUAUUGUGUGUAUGGCAAGGGUUUUUCAACCGAAUUCAAAAAUAGAGGAUUUCGAUUUUUCAAUUUAACUGUUUUUUUUUUUUUUGGGGUUUGUUAUCUCUGAGAUUUCGGAUGCGGAACCGAUUUUGAUGUUUAAUUUUAAUUUUGAAAGCUUUGGUGCGUUCCGUGUCCACUUAGAGUUGGUCUAGCUCGGACAAUUCGAUGGAGGGUACAGAUUUUUAAGGUUAAAAUGCUUAUAACUUUUUUUUUACAUUUAGUACACAUAAAAAAUGUUUUAUGAUUAUAGAAAAAU